CCGGCCCACGUGGUUCGAACGACGUUCGGCCUCCAGCUCCGCGCGCCCCGAGCCAUGAGCGAGCCGCCGGCUGACGUGCGCGCCUUCCUGCGGGAGCACCCGAGCCUGCGGCUGGAGCCUGGCGCCCGCAAGGUGAGGUGCGCUCUGACAGGCCACGAGCUGCCCUGCCGCCUGCCGGAGCUCCAGGUCUACACCCGCGGCAAGAAGUACCGGCGGCUGGUCCGCGCCUCCCCGGCCUUCGACUACGCCGAGUUCGAGCCGCACAUUGUGCCCAGCACCAAGAACCCGCACCAGCUGUUCUGCACACUGACCCUGCGGCACAUCAACAAGUCCCCGGAGCACGUGCUGAGGCACACCCAGGGCCGGAGAUACCAGCGGGCUCUGCAGAAAUACGAGGCGUGUCAGAAGCAGCAUGUGGAGUUCGUGCCCGCCUGCCUGCGGCACAAGAGUAGGAGGAGGCAAGACCAGCAGGGCAGUGACGGGCCACCCGGCCCUAGAGAAGCCUUCUGGGAACCCGCGUCCAGCGAUGACGGCGCCGCCCCAAGUGACAGUGACGACAGCAUGACAGACCUGUACCCACCCGAGCUGUUCACCAAAAAGGACCUGGGGGGGACCGAGCACGGGGACAGCACUGACGACUUCCUGACGGGGGAUGAGGACGAGAAGCCAAGACGCCGCAGAGAGAUGGGCCCUGGAGACAGCGAGGCCGUGGGCGUGGGCCGGGAGCGGGUCCUCAAGCGCGGGAAGAAGCAGUCCGGCUCGUUGAAAAAGAAGUUCAAGAGUCAUCACCGCAAACCUAAGAGCUUCAGCUCUUUCAAACAGUCAGGUUAAUGGAAAGUUGCUGGAGAAAACACAUCUUGAGAGCCUUUCGAGAACCCUCCCGGCAUCCACGCCGUGUUCCUCUUCAAGGUGCCCGCCGCGCGUCCUCCUAACUGGUGGGAAGUCCAUCCACUCCUCGUUUGCUGCCCCAGAAGGCCGGGCCGGGGGGUCUGACCCGCGGAUGUCAGGGUCUCACCCCCACCCCCAGGAAGCAGCAGGGACCCCGGAGGGGGCACCCGAGGAGAGCCCUGGCCGGUCCCCACCUGGCUGGACGACACCAGAGGAUCACACUGCAUACAAAUGCCACUAUUUAUUUUGACGUGUCUCCAAAAAUCAAAAUGUUUUCAAACACAACUAAGAUAUAAAAUACAGCGUAAAAUGAGAUUCAUAACUAUCUCCCCCAUAAAGCAAAAAAUUUUUCAGAAAUCGUUGUGCCAAAACCAA